AUGAGAUCCUUCGGCGUCAUCUUCUCCCUGUUUGUCGCGCUCGCCGUUGCGGCCCCAGCUGCCACUCCUGAGGGUGCUCUCGCCCAGCAGUCGGACCGCAGUAGCUGUGACAUCAGCUGCGCCUGCCAGGACCACCAGUGCGUCUGUGCAUUCUGCUAUCCCGGCGGCUGCAACUGGAACCCCAAUGGAAAGUCAUGCUAG